UCUUGACGUAUGGCUUUGAGAUAAAUAGCACAUUUUGAAUUUUGAACCUUUCUUUCAUCAAUGUUUUUAGGGGACCCCGAACAAAAGUUUUUCUUUGGCUUUCAUUAAAUUGUCUUGACAACGUUUUAAUUAUGUAAGAAAUUUUAUUUUAGGUAAAAUUGGCCAACUUGCUUUAGUUUUGAAAUUGGGUGCAUGUAUUAAUGACCCCUGUCAGAGAUCUUAAGAAGUCGGGUUGUUACAGUGUGUUUGUAUUUACUUUAUCUUGUUACCACUUCUUGAAUAUAUCUAUAUACGUAAUAUAGAUUUUUGGAUGACUAAUUCUAAAUGUUACAUGAGUAACUUGGAUAGGAGGCUAGAUGUACUUUGAAUGGGAUGUAUGUUGUAGCAUGUUGAUUGUAAAACUAUUGGUUGUGUUGAAUAUAAUUGUUUGGAUGUGUUAGGAAGCUGCUUGAUGAUGGUUGGGUUCAAAGUUUGUUUAAUGAACUUGUGCAAAAUUAUGUUGGGCAUGUGAUUGUUUGUGUGGUAAUUGCUAAUUGUUGGUGGAAAGCAAGAAAUGGCAAACAUGCUAGGGGGACUUGGUUUUAGUGUUGUUGAAUGUUGAGGCAAGCAAGAGGUGUGGCAAGAUGAGGCCUCUAUGUCUCGAUCUAGGGUCAUGGUGCUCGAGAUGGUGUGCCAUUUCUUGCCAUUUGGUGCCAUUGCAACAAAAACUGUGUUCACAUGAGAAAUGGAAAAUUCAGAAGAAUGAGAAUAUUAAUUGCAAAUAAGAAUAAGUACAGAUUAAGAAGAAGAAAAAUAGUAAGAAGGAUAAGAACAAUAAGGGGAAGAUUAAGAAGAGGAAGAAAAAUAAUAAAAAAUGAUGAAAAAAGAGUAGGGAAAAGAAAAUAGCACACCAAAAAUUUACGUGGAAAACCCUAAUUAGGGAUAAAAACCACGGGAUAAGGGAAUUAUUAUUAGAAAUUGAUACAAUGGAAUACAGUAGAACAACAACUUAAAUAGAGAACAGGGAAACCCUAGGAUACAAUGAAAAAGACAAAAUUGCCCCUAGAGCGCAAAACCCUAAUUUCAACACUCCCCCUCAAGUUGGGGCGUAGAUGUCAAUAAGUCCCAACUUGCUCACACAAGCGUCAAACAACUGUCUGGAAAGCCCCUUUGUUAGGACAUAUGCAAUUUGUUGAUUGGAGGGAAUAUAAGGAACACAAAUGUUGCCACUAUCGAGUCUUUCCUUGAUAAAGUACUGGUCAAUCUCCACAUGCUUUGUUCUGUCAUGUUGAACAGGGUUGUUUGCUAUGCUUAUGGUUGCUUUAUUAUCACAGUAGAGUUUCAUUGGGCUGGCAUGCUCUUGAUCAAGGUCUUUCAAGACUUUUUCAAGCCAGAUCUCUUCACAGAUUCCCUGACUCAUGGCUCUGUAUUCUGCCUCAGCACUGCUUCUGGCAACAACACUUUGUUUUUUGCUUUUCCAUGUAACAAGAUUGCCCCACACAAGGUACAAUAUCCUGAUGUUGAUUUCCUGUCUAUUACAGAUCCUGCCCAAUCAACAUCGGUGUAAGCUUCGAUACAUCAUUUUUCAGUUUUCCUGAACAUCAAGCCUUUCCCUGGAGAAGUUUUCAGAUAUCUCAAAAUGCACUCUACUGCCCUCAUGUGUUCUUCACCCUCUUCCAUCCAUUAUCACCCGUAGAGCAAAGGAAGAGGAUGCAAAGAUGAACCCCUCCCCUAUGUGAAAUUAAGGGCAACGUUUGACCAAAGAUGUCGCGAAGAUCAACUAGGUUAGUGGAAAAGGCGAAUGAAUAUUUAGAAAAAAUCACAAGUAGUGAAACUGCAAAAUCAUCUAGAACUAAGAGACGUGGUGUACCUUGGGGAAAUCUUAAAUCUUCUAGGAGUCAGAAGUGGACACGAAAUAAUGAGAUUAAGCUAAAUGAAGUUACUUCAUCUUUCGAGCAAUUAGAAGGGAAGAAGAGAAAGAGAUAUAGUAAGAGGUCAAUGGUCACAAGAGCAACGGCUUCAAAGAAUUUUAGGUCUGAGGAGGGGAUCAACAAAAAAGGGAGUGGGAGAUUAGGGAAGAGGGUGUAUUAUCAAAAAGUGGUGUUUGAUGGUGGUGACUUUGAGGUUGGGGAUGAUGUUUAUGUGAGGAGGAGAGAAGAUGCAAGCUCUGACGAUGAAGACCCUGAAGUUGAGGAGUGUAGAGUGUGCUUUAAGUCUGGAAAGGCUACAAUGAUCGAGUGUGAUGAUUGUCUUGGUGGUUUUCAUUUGAAGUGUUUGAAGCCGCCAAUGAAGGUAAUCCCUGAGGGGGAUUGGAUUUGUGAGUUUUGUGAGGCUGCUAAAAUGGGCAAAGAGGUUCAGUUGCCAAAGCCUCUGGAGGGUAAAAAACGGGUUAGGACAAUGAGGGAGAAGCUUUUGGCAGGCGAUUUGUGGGCUGCUCACAUUGAAAGUUUAUGGAAAGAAGUAAAUGGUAACCAUCAGUGUAAGGUUAGAUGGUAUAUAAUCCCAGAAGAGACUGCAACUGGAAGGCAACCACAUAACUUGAAGAGAGAGCUUUAUUUAACUAAUGAUUAUGCAGAUAUUGAGAUGGAAUCACUUCUUAGACUGUGUGAAGUCAUGAAUCCUAAAGACUACUAUAAUGCCAAGGAAGGGGAUGAUAUAUUUUUAUGUGAGUAUGAAUAUGACGUUCGUUGGCAUAGUUUCAAGAGGUUAGCUGAAAUUGAUAAAGAAGAGGAUAGCGAAGGAGUUGAUAGUGACAAAGAGUGGAAGUUGGAUCAGAGUGCAGACCCUGAUUCAGAUGGUGAUGUGGAAUAUGAAGAAGAGAGAGCACAAAUUUUACAAUCUCGGAACUACUCAAGCUCAACCCAUGAAUUGGCUGCAAAUUCAAGGAAAGGACGAUUUUGUGGACUACAAAAGAUAGGAGCUAAGAAGAUCCCAGCGCAUAUAAGAUGCCACAAACAGACUGAAUUGGAAAGAGCAAAGGCAACCCUCAUGUUGGCGUCACUACCCAAGUCUCUACCGUGUAGAAAUAAAGAAAUUGAGGAGAUAACUACAUUUAUAGAAAGUGCUUUACGUGAUGAUCAAUGCUUGGGGCGAUGCUUGUACAUCCAUGGUGUUCCAGGAACAGGCAAGACAAUGAGUGUGCUGUCAGUAAUGAGGAACUUGCAGGCUAAAGUUGAUGCAGGAAAUAUAAGGCCUCAUUGCUUUGUGGAGGUUAAUGGUCUAAAGCUGGCAGCACCAGAAAAUAUAUACAGGGUUAUACAUGAAGCAUUAACUGGGCACAGGGUUAAUUGGAAAAAGGCACUUCAGUUGUUGACCAAACGGUUUUCAGAUGUAAAUAAUUGCAGGGAGGAUGAGCGACCUUGCAUUCUGCUCAUUGAUGAACUUGAUCUUCUUGUAACAAGAAAUCAGUCAGUUCUAUACAAUAUUCUUGAUUGGCCUACAAAGCCACAAGCAAAGUUGAUUGUGAUAGGAAUUGCAAAUACCAUGGACCUACCUGAGAAGUUGCUUCCUCGAAUUUCAAGCCGAAUGGGUAUUGAAAGGCUUUGUUUUGGCCCCUAUAAUUAUCAGCAACUUCAAGAAAUCAUUUCAAGCCGCCUCGAAGGAAUCAAUGCAUUUGAGAAACAAGCUAUUGAAUUUGCAUCGAGAAAGGUAGCUGCUAUUUCAGGAGAUGCGCGUCGUGCUCUAGAGAUAUGUAGGCGUGCAGCUGAAAUUACGGAUUAUCAUUUAAAGAAGCAUCUUAUGAAGAAACCGAGUUUUACUUCCGACACUGUUAUUAUUGUGAAAACACAUGUUGGAAUAGCUGAAGUGGAAGCAGCGAUUCAAGAAAUGUUUCAAGCACCUCAUAUUCAAGUGAUGAGGAAUUGUUCUAAGCAGAGUAAGAUUUUCUUGACAGCUAUGGUGCACGAACUUUAUAAAACUGGAAUGGGUGAAGCAACCUUUGAAAAGCUUGCCAUGACUGUCUCGUAUCUUUGUACAAGCAAUGGAGAGGAAUUUCCUGGAUAUGAUGCUCUCCUGAAAGUUGGCUGUAGGCUUGGUGAGUGCAGAGUCAUUUUAUGUGAAUCAGGGGCUAAACACCGGUUGCAAAAGUUACAGCUUAAUUUUCCAAGUGAUGACGUCUCAUUUGCACUGAAAGACAGUAAGGAUAUACCUUGGUUGGCUAAGUAUCUAUAAAUCUAUUUUAGCUGCUAAUAUCUGUUGGGAACAAUUUUGAUCAUAUAAUAUACCAGUUUCAAUUUUGCCCAUAUGAGACAUUUAGACCCUCCUUUCGGAAUUGAGCGAAGCAAUACAGGUUGAAGUUACUGUUUUUUUUACUUCUCUUAAUUUGAUCCCAUGGGAGUCUUGUUUUUAGAAUCCUUGAGGUUGUCCGUUGAAAAUUAUGUAGUUUCUAUUGUGUACUAGCUUUGAGCAACGUUCAAUAGGAUUCUACGUGUAGGUGGAGUUUAACCAAACCACUAUAAAAAUUAUGGUAUUUUCUUUUCUUACUCUA